AUGUCACAUUGCACCAAGAUGGCAAAAGCCUCACGAUCCCCAUACCCAGCCACACCACCUGCCGAGUCUCUGGUGGGAGAUACAUUGUGUGCGCUCUCCCCGCUCUCCAACAUAGACAAGAAAUUGACCCCCCCAGCACUGUCCGUGUCCAAUGUUACCACCUCCCCUAAGGAAGAGAUCAAUACUCUGGAUGACACAAUGUCCAUCACCUCAAAAGGCACGAUGACCAGGUCUGAUGCCACCGAAAACACCGAGGCUAAGUACAUGGUCAGUGACGAUGUCGGUGCCAAGCCUGACAUCAACCCCGAAGUCAAGCCUGAUGUCCAAGGCUCCCCUCCGAAGCCCAACAUCCAAGGCUCACACUGCAGAGCCCCGAACUCCAAGAAUGUGAAGGAAUCCUUAAACUUUGCUGUCAAACCCAUGCAUGCUAACUCAAAGUGCUCUGCAAAAGAGGAGUCUAAUGAUGAACUCUGGUCAUCCUUCUCACCAAAUGAGACUGCCCUGCUCACUGCAGUCUCACUCGAGAAACCUACCAUCUCUGAAGGACAACUCGAUGAUGGCCCCCCUAUCACUGCCAACCAGCCAUCAAUGCCCACUCCUAACGGAAAGCGUCCUCGCACUCCAUCAUCUGAAGACAAGAAAGGCAUCAUCAGGCAUGACAUGUUACAGCGUACAGCACACUGGCCCCCUACCCCAUACCCUGCCAGAAAGCUCCCACCUUGA